AAGUAUAGUAGUAUUAUAUAAGUGGAUAUGAGUAAGUGAUGAGUUGAAUGUAAGAAGGCUGGGUGUUUUGCACACACAACAAGACCAACCAGAGUUGGCCACACAACUUAGUUUCUCUCCAAUGGAAGCCAUCAGUUACAACAAGAUCUCUCUCUUCAUUUUUCUCUUCUCUUCUUGUCUUGCCACCCUCAUCACCCCUUCACAAGGUAAUUACAAAGCCUGGCAAACUCGCUAUCCUUUCAUCCGAAAAUCUAGCUCGUUCUCAUCACCAUCACCACCAUCAUCGUCAUCAUCAUCGUCCAACGUUGGAGCAAGGGGGUAUGACUACAUUGUUGUAGGAGGUGGGACAGCAGGGUGUCCAUUGGCAGCCACAUUGUCACAAAACUACAAAGUGUUGUUAUUAGAAAGGGGUGGUGUCCCUUUUACAAAUAUAAAUGUGUCCCUUUUGGCAAAUUUCCAUCUUACCCUUGCGGACAUCUCUGAUACUUCUGCUUCACAAUACUUUGUGUCUAAUGAUGGAGUCUACAAUGCAAGAGCUAGAGUCUUGGGUGGUGGUACUUCCAUCAAUGCCGGAUUUUACACUCGAGCAAGUGCAAGUUAUGUUAAGAGAGUAGGAUGGGAUGCAAAGUUGGUUAAUGAAUCAUACCCAUGGGUCGAAAAGCAAAUUGUUCAUGAACCCAUGUUCGAACCUUGGCAAAGGGCAGUUCGCGACGGUUUAUUAGAUGUUGGGAUUUCACCCGAUAAUGGGUUCACUUAUGAACAUAUGUAUGGAACGAAGGUUGGCGGGACCAUUUUCGAUAAGUAUGGUCGUCGGCACACUGCUGCCGAGUUGCUAGCUUCCGCAAAUCCUCAUAACAUCGACGUUUUGAUUCACGCAAAAGUUCAAAGGAUUACUUUUGACACAAAAGGAAAGAAACCUAGGGCGAUUGGAGUUAUUUUCAAAGACGAAAAGGGGGAUCAACACGAGGCGUUUAUAUCUAGGAGGCGUGGGAGCGAAGUUAUCGUGACUUGUGGAGCUAUUGGGAGCCCCCAACUACUAUUGCUUAGCGGAAUUGGACCAAAGGCGGAUCUAGAGAAGCUAAACAUACCGGUGAUCCAUGAUAACAAAUUCGUCGGGAAAGAUAUGCAAGAUAAUCCUAUGAAUGCGAUUUUUGUCCCUUUUAAUCGACCGGUCAAGCAGUCACUAAUUGAAACAGUCGGAAUUACAAAAAAAGGUGUUUAUAUUGAAGCUAGUAGUGGUUAUGGGCAGACUAAGGACAAUAUUACUUGCCACCAUGGUAUUGCUUCGGCUGAGAUUGGACAAUUAUCGACAAUUCCCCCAAAACAAAGAACACAUGAAGCAAUGGAAAUUUACAAAAGAAACAAGAAGGAUAUUCCAUAUGAAGCAUUUCAUGGAGGCUUUAUCUUAUCAAAGAUUGCUUACCCACAAUCAAAGGGAGAGCUCAAAUUGAUCAACACUAUUGCAGAAAACAAUCCAUCGGUCACAUUUAACUAUUUUAGUCACAAGGAUGACUUGAAGGGGUGUGUCAAUGGUAUCCGAAUAAUGGAAAAACUUGUGAGGUCGAAACCUUUCCUCAACUUCACUCAAUGCGAUAGAAAAACCGUUGACAAAUUGCUCAAUAUGAGUGUCACCGCUAACGUUAACUUGAUACCUAGACACACGAACGAUACUGAAUCUCUUGAGCAGUUUUGUAAAGAUACCGUGAUCACCAUCUGGCACUAUCAUGGCGGAUGCCAUGUAGGCCAGGUGGUGAACACGGAUUAUGAAGUUAUGGGUGUGCAUAGGCUUCGAGUCGUUGAUGGUUCCACUUUUUAUGAAUCCCCGGGGACUAAUCCUCAAGCCACGGUUAUGAUGUUGGGAAGAUACAUGGGAGUGAAGAUUUUAAGAGAAAGGUUAGGAACAGUUAAAGGACCGCAACGAUGAAAUGGCUAGAGCUGUGUGUACGUACGUGGUGGUGAUCGCGUGGUGGUGAUGAUUAAUGCACUUGUCGAAAAGAGUCGAAGUAGAAUUUUUGUUUCUAGGAUUAUUCUUCGCGAGCAUGUGUAAAGAGCUUAAAGCUUGCCUAAUUAACAAAGGAAUUGAGAGCUCAAAGACUGGAUCUUAUGAUUCUCAAUUCCUUUUGUAUUCGAAGUGUUUUCUAUGUUUGGAUUGUGUAAGUUUGUUUGGUUUCAUCUAAUUUAAUUUAUUUCAUUUCUUUA